AUGUUUAGAAAUAAGAAUAGAGAAACUAUUUUACACUUAUUUGAUGAUAUUUUUAAAGAGCUUCAAUACUUACUUAAUACCAAAGUUCUUAUAGUUGUAGUUGAGUUUAGUAAAACUCCUAUUAUAGAUACUGAUUCUGGUUCUGAUUCUGAUGACCUUUCAUAUUUACUUAAUACUAAA